CGAACGGUCGCGUAAUCCACCGCGCAUGCGCUUGUGUUUCAUAGCGCAUGCGUAAAUGCAAACCACGCCCCCCGUUCUUUCCCAAACUAAAAUGUCGACGGAACCUCCUAAACUGAAGGAGUUGGUGGACGAUCUACAUGAUGUUGCCUCUAAAUGGCGGGCCGUUGGUGUCCAGCUAGAGGUAUCUCAGCCGACACUGAAGACCAUAGACUACGAACACCGGGGGAACUGCAACCAGGCGCUCAGCGACAUGCUUGGCCAAUGGAUAAACAACGGUUAUAACGUAUCGUGGCAGACGGUGGUAGAUGCUCUGAACACUCGCAGUGUAGGAGAAAGGGCUUUAGCCCUGGAUAUCCAGCAGCGGCGCUUGGGCAUAUCAAGUGAUGCUGAUGCAAGUGCCAGGAUGCUAACGAAGGAUGCUACACUUCCGUUUCUCCAUUCACUGCCCACCCCGAGGGGCGAGCUGAGUAUCAUCCAGAGGUGCGCCUCUCACUAUUCCCAGCUCGGGAUAUUUCUUCUAAAUGACGACGAUGGUUCACAAAUCAAGAGAAUCGAGUUGACCAAGCAUUACAGGCCGGAAGCCAUCAUGAAUGAGAUAUUUCAGGAGUGGAUUGCCUCGGGAGAUCACUCGUGGAGAGUGCUC